AUGCCAGAGCUGAAGGACGAUUAUCUGGUAUUCUUUAUAAUAAGUGUUUCUUGCCUUGUGUCCCUUCCAUUCAGAGAGAAGCUGAUUGCUGCGAACAUGGCCAAGAUGCCCAUGAUGGUGGCAGAGUGGCGGAGGGAGGCAAGGGAGCUGAAGCAGAAACAGCGCGAAGAGAAGGUUCGCAGGGAGAGGCUGCUGGCAGAGGCAAGAGAGAGGUUCGGCUAUGCACUUGACCCCCGCAGCCCCAAGUUCCAGGAGAUGGUGAAGGAGAUCGAGAAGGAGGAGAAGAAGAAGAGGAAGCUGCUGAAGAGGAGGAAGAAAGAGGAGGAAUCGAGCAGUGAGAUGCCAGCACAAGCACCAUCCACAUGAAGAAAGACACACACCACAUUUAGGAUUUAUUCUGUGUUCUUGAUGAACCCACAGUUAAUUGUGCCCUACCUGAAGUAUACAUUUGGAUCGGCCCAUGGAGCUGGAGGGACUGCAUAGCACAUUCAGCAGAGCAGCCCUUGUAACACAUUUUGACUUCCACUUCAUUUGUAUGUGAUUUAGGAUUGGAGGAGGAGGGCAAUAAAACCUGUUUAUUGUCCUUUUCUUUCUUUUAAUGAGUAGUCAUAAUAAAAUUAUAUUUACUCUUU